GUGUUACCUAGGUAACCGUUUGGACCCCCCGACAAGAAGGGAAAGAACCAGAACUUCCUACUCCUUCUCCGCUUCUCCUUCUUGAGGGCCUCCGGGUGCCAUCAGCAUACAGCCGCAGCCAAUCACGGUGAAAAGCAAAGGCUCUCUUACGCUGUACUAUGGAAAGCCCUGUGGAUCUCUGUUUUACUGAAGACGGAUGUAGCAACAACAUAGUUCUUGAAAAACAAGUGUUUCAAUCCAAAGUACCAGAAUCACAUGUUCAGCUUGCUUGUAGCCUGCAUUACUGUGCUUUUCCUUUGAAUGGGAAUGAGCUUUGCAUUUGGAAUACUACUGAUGAUCCUAACCACCAGCCAUUACACUUAAUAGGUCAUCACCAUUCAAUUACUGCACUGGCAUUUGGAAGCAAAGUCGAUCCACUCCUAAUUUGUUCUGCUUCACGUGACUAUGUGAUAGUGUGGAAUCUGGAUGAAUGUAUGAAGAAAGUGCUACAAGGGUUAAUGCCAGAAGGUAUCGUUAUAGGAACACUUUUGGGAAUGGUGCUUUAUGUCCGAUUUAGCCCAGAUGAUCAGACUGUGGCUGUGUGUGCUGGUAAUCGGAUAUAUAUGCUAAAUGCGAAGGACGAGGCUAUACUUGCUGAGUUGGAAGGCCACCUGGCUCCAGUGACUGCUGCUGAGUUUUGUACUUGGGAGAAAAAUAUACUUAUAUCAGUUUCUGAAGACAGAAGUUUUAAGGUGUGGGACUAUUGUACUGGACUGUUAAUAUACCAAUCAGCAGUAAUUACAGCAUUUCCUCUUUUAAGUCUCUACAUUGAUGAAGAAAAUAAACAGAUUAUCACUGGAUGUGCAGAUGGCCAGCUGUGGAUCUUCAGCUUGAUUAGUGGCCAUCAAUAUCGUUGUGUAGUACAUAUCAAUGUAAAAAAAGAAAGAGAGAAGUUUUACAACAAAAUAAGGAAAUCUGAACAAUUGGAUGAGCUUCAGAAUACUUCUAAAGUGUAUACUCCAAAUGACAUAAGAGAAGAAGAAACAGUUGAAACUACCUUUCCAGUCCUUAGAAUUGAACACUGUGACAAGUCUGCAUAUUUAAGUAACAAAGGACACGGUUUUUCUGCAGUGAAUGCCCAAUGCUUGUGGAUAGGAAGCUCUACUAGUUUAUUCAUAAUUAACAUGGCAAAUUUUGAGUUGGAAGCUGUUUUACAUUAUAGAGAUUACAGUGCCCUCAGCAUUCAGUUUGCUGGAUCAUGUGCUUUAAUGAAGAAGGCUGUUAGUGGUAGGGUUUUCUGCUUGCUAACUUCAAUGUUUGAGAAUAGAAUUGCCUUACUGGAGAUUAAUGUGGCUGCACUACUGAGAUCUCAGCAGAGUGAGCUUCUUGUAACUGGAAGAGAGAAGGGCCUUUCAGCUAUUGCCAAUUACUCCCUUCUACCAACCUCUCCCUUGUGCCUGAAGAAAGAAACAACCAAAUUUGUAAAGAAAAAAGGUAAAAUGAGUGUAAUAAAAGAUCAGCCACUGGUUUUCCAUAGCAAAAUAAAGUCAUCAGGUUACACAUCAUCACCACAAAUGAACAUGUUUUCUCCAAAGACUAGUGCAAAACGGAACAACAGUUCAACAUCAAAAUGCAAGAGAAGUUUCAAACUAAGAAAUUACGAAGAAUAUCCACUGGCAAAUUCUCCUCCAACGAAAUUCGAGAGACAGAUUAUUGUAGCUGAUAAACCAACUUCUGUAUGUUGUAUUCAAUACUCAGGAGAUGGAGAGUUUUUGGCUUGUGGCUUAGCUGACAAAACAUUGCUGGCAUUCAAUUCAAACCUUACAGGAACACCAACUGUUUAUUCAGGGCAUGAUGGUGCUGUUAACUCAGUGGGCUGGAGCCAUGAUAAUAACUGGCUUGUUUCAUCUUCUGAAGACAGAACUUUAAGGAUCUGGUCAGUCAGCAGUGCAGAACCUGCUUUAUGUCUGGGCAAGGAAAUGUUUCAUAAAUCUAUCCGAUCAGCACAGUUUUAUUACAUAGACACAUUUAUAUUGCUAUCUUGUGGAGCAGAGUUUCAAUUGUUAAGAUACUACCUUGACACCAGCAAGGAUGAGAUGAAAAGAUACAGAAACAAGAGCAUUUGCAAAUCAGUACAGAAAUUUCCCAUGGCCUCUACAGUGGAAAUUACCAGUCUUUCAGCAGUCAAUGAAUUCUACUCUUAUAUUGUACUGGCAGCUGGUAGUAACCGAGCAUUGGAAGUAUUUGACCUCAAUGCAGGUUGUAGUGCAGCAGUGAUACCAGAUGUUCAUUCUAGAUCAGUUCACCAGAUUUGCCAAAAUAAGGGAUCAGCUUUUAGCACUCAGUGCUAUGAAGCUUACAAUCUUUUCUUGACAACAGCAAUUGGUGACGGUAUCAAACUCUGGGAUUUGAGAACACUGAGGUGUGAGCGUCGUUUCGAAGGUCAUAGUAGCCGCUGUCAUCCUUGUGGAAUCGCUGUUUCUCCUUGUGGACAGUUCAUUGCCUGUGGAUCUGAAGAUAAAUGUCCUGGUUAUGCUUGUAUGGGAUAUAACAGUGUGAUUAGGGUGACAUCACAGAACUACAAGACUAUCAGUGGCGUUCCUGAUCAAAAAUGCAUAUCUAACUGACCUGAGUUCUUGCUUCUGGAAUAAGCCAUCCACAAAAAUGCCUCUCUGUCUCUCAUUUCUCCAGCUAUAUUUUAAGCUCCAUCACCACUGUGACAAUCCUUGAGUUUUUGCCUGUCUUUCCCCUGUUCACUUUCCUUACUCAGAUGAAAGCUUUCUAGCUGGGAAACAUCCAUUUGUAUUCUCAUUAUUAAGAAUAUAUACAGAUACCUAAAAAACAAGAUUUGGUGCAGUUUUUCCUCUGUGAUGAUUCAGCCACCAACCAGUUACUGUUGUGCACAGCCCAUUUCUGCUUCCACUCCUCAGAACCAGUUUUCCUUGAGCUCAGCCCUAGAGUGGAAUAAUUAUGGCUGACCACAACAUGGUGAAUAUGCUUCCAGGGUAUGCUCCAUUAAUAACCUUUCCUUUGUGCCCCUUCUGCAAAAAGAAAGAAUCUCUCAUUUGGCUGAACUCCAUGUUAGCUAUUUAGUGGACCAAUUUCUAAAAUAAAGCUGGCUUUAUUUAAAAAAAAAGAUUUUAAAAAUGAUUUGUAUUAGGCUGAUUGUGUUACAGGACCAUAAAAAUGAAAAAUGUUGGUAGCAAUUAAUAGGGUGAAUAUCCUUUGCUGACAUCUUUUAUGGGACAUUACUUAGAAUCUUGAAAACAUUUGACUAGAAAAAUUGUCUUUUGUAUCAAACAAAGCUAUAAAUAUUUGAGGUUUCUUGUAGCUGAGAAAACAUUCUUCAAAUGCUACCCUUUGAACCAUUUUUUCUUCUGUUGGUUAUUUGCUAAAUCAAAUAGUUAUAUGUGUUUUGAACUAAUGGGCAAUGGAGGCAUAUAAUAGAUGAGUGCAAGAUGAAGUGAGAACAGCUUGUACAUGAACAUGUUGUCAGGCUCAAUCUCUUAGAGAAGAAUCCAAAGCCAAAUAAAGAUUCUUGAGGGAGUUGCUGCUCCUGUUUUGCUGGGUGCUCUCCAAUCUGCUUUCAAUUAAAGCCAUUUCUGUUCACAACUAUGAAAUCUGUUUGUUGGACUAGCUGAACAAAAUAAAAGGUCUCUAAAACACUCAUACACUUCAUGUACACUGUGAUUACCCAAGAAUGAGUGUUUCUCAUUUUCAACUUCAUAUAAAAAAUACCAAUUCUUAACUCUUGGCUGAGCCAAAUCAGAAGUGUCCAAAUAACAAAUGAAACGUACAUGAGAAAAGUAGCUGGGAAGGACAAUAUUUCCUAGUCUGCCCUGCAUGCCUUCCUAGACAUCAAUGGGGCUUCCCUUUAAAGGCUCUCCCUGGUGCUGUACACAGGAUCAGUCUGUGUGAAGGUAAAUGGUGGGAACGGCUGCCUCUGCCUGGGGCCACGGGCAAUGUGCAUGUGAUUCGGUUUGACCUUUCAAAGUGCAGGGAGGGGGAGGGGAGACUAUCAAAAGCUUCUCCUUGGAUAUAUUCAAGAUUAAACUGCAAUAAUCAAUGUAUUGUUGUUGUAAGAGCAUAUGUUGUAGUUACUUUUUACACUUCCUAACUAGAUACCUAGGUGUUCCUGAGGAAUAUACCUGUGGACUGGAGUGUGUGUGAUGGGGGGGAGCACCAAAUGAGAACAUUCAGCUUGACCAUUUUUAAGAUGUAUAAAUAUAAACUAGCUGACCGGGCGCAUAGCGUCUGUGCCCCUAGUUCGACUCUCCCCACCCCAGCCCCUUCUCCCUGACUCUGUAUUCCGGUGGGCAUCUCUGACACCCACCCGGCCUGCUUCUCCCCCCUGCCUGUGGUUUCUCCAUCCACUCCGGCCUCCGCCUCCUGAUCCCAGCAGCCCAGCUGCCUCCUGAACCCGGCAGCAGCUCAAUGGCCUCCUGCCGUGGUGAGCUCCCGCCACCCAGCCAAUCCGCUGGGUGCCGGGACGCAUCCCCAUGGGCACAUUUUCAAGGAUUAAUUAUAAAGAUUUGAACUAGGAAGAACAUUCGGUGUUUUUCCUAAGUGCAACUGUAUAGUUAUCAGGAUGGAGAAAGGAAUGUUCUUCAAGGCAGUGCUUUUCAUUUUCUGUUGUCACUCUCAGACUGGAACAUGCCCUACACCCUGAGCCUUGCAUGUUGUAAACACUAUGUUGGUUUGAUACUUGUCCAGCUAGUUCAAGUACACAUGAUAAGGACAUGUGCGCACUGUGAGUGCAUAUAUCCUGUCUCCCUUCUGCACUGGUUCAUCUGCACUGCUCCUCUACACAUGCUACAAAUAUUGUAUCAUCAGUCUUUAUUACAGUCUCGGUUUCUAAUCUUAUAGUAAUUUCAUCGUAACCGUACAUCUUUAUGCUAAUAGGCAUAGACUCUAUCACUUUUAUCUGCUUUUAAUUGCCUUUAAUAUCACCUGUUACAUGUUCCUUUUACUUUGUACUGGUCUGAGACCAUAAUAAAGAUUGAUGAUGACGUAUUUGUAGCACAUGUAGAAAGACUGUUUACACAAACUGCUUCUCAUACAACUAGGGAGUGUCUCUACACAUGCUAAUCUUUUUUAAUGUACUUCCAAUACUACUAUAAAGUAAACACACACACACACACACACACACACACACAAGCACUCCAAUAUGCUGAAAGGGGGAAAGGAUAUGUAUGUUCAUGGCACACACAUACAACCCAAUCGCAUGUGCUCAGGCCAGUUGGACAUGUAGAGUCCCAGCCAGGCCACUGUUAGCUGAUCUAGAGUAACUGAAUACAGCCUCUUGCUUAACCCACAAGGAUUUUAUCUGGGACACUGGGAAAUGUUUCUAUCGUGCUCUGGAAAGGGGCUCUCUCUCCCACCUCCCCACCAACUCUGUUGGCCAUCAGUGAUAUUAUUCUUGACUCUAAAUACUGGAAUCUGGAAACAAAUCUGUUAUAUAAGCUUUCUCUUCCCAAUAAGUCUGUAAUGAUGAUUAAUAUUUAAGACAUCUGUAACUCCAUAUAUAUAUAUAGCAUAGUUCUUUUACCUCUUCUUUUAAAGAAAUGUGUAAUGAACGAAAAGCCAAAAGAGACAAUAAAAUUAAGGAUAUUAAUCACAAACUGCCUUCCACAAUUCCACAAGUUUAUGACAGGGAAGAAUAUGUGUUGGCAACACUGCAUAAAAACAAAAUUGAAACCACAUUCUGUCUUGGUACAGAAACAAAUCACUGUGUUGUGUUAUUGUAAACAAGAAUUGCAGGUGCUUAGCCACCCGUUCCCUUCUUGUAAAAUAGACUUAGAGACCUACUGCUUGCUAAAAAUAGCUUUGUAUAAUUUUAGGAACUUUAAUUUAAGCCUAUGCUCACGUGAACAGAGACAUAGAUAGCAGUCAUUAAUGAGUAUGUAAAAUGCUCCUGUACUAGUCAUACUCAUGGAUAGGGUAAUGUGAGGAAGCAGCUCUCCGGAGGGGAAGGGCUCAUGUUUCUGUGGAGUACAGUGCCUUCUUGGAAGGGGUAUAAUCGACUCUGGUUUGGAAACAUUUACACCAAUGAGAUCAGGGUUAGGGUUACUUACUGACAGAGCCUCCCUCUUGUUUGUUUUUCUUCUGAAGCACAUUGACUUUUGUAGUAAGUAACUAUUGCAUGGAACUCAUUUGCGUGAACCUGUAGGGAUCUAGUGUACAAUGGGCUCAUUAGCCAAGUGUUUUUGUAGUCUAGGAAUAUACAAAAAAGGGCCUAGAAUCUGAGCAAAAUUGCAACAGAGGUGUUGAGUGAUCUCUGCUUAGAAAUGAUAGCUGAUUAACAUAUGCAGAUGAAAUCAAACAAAAGAUGGGAACGCCCUUAGAUUUGUGUUUCAAAAUGCCAGUUGGGUGCUAAUUAGCAGUUAAGUGGAAUUUCUUGAAUUUUAUUUUGCAGUUUGGUAAUAUCCAGGGGUCAGAGUUCUUUACACUGCUCUCUUGAAACCAUUGUUUAGGUCAUAGAAACUGUGGCAAGCAAACUCAAUUGUGAACCAUUGUGCAGACCCACUAAGACGAUUCCUUGACAGACCUGACAAAAUCAGCCACAACCAGCAGACUUUACCAUCACUUUUUGGCUCUGACAUCAAAGCAGGAGCAGACACUGCUUCAGUAGAAUAUUUUGUCAUCCUACAUUGCCAUAAGAUGUGGCUUGAGAACAAACCACAGUGGACUUCCAGUGUUUUUACUUCUUCAUGCAUGAACACUGGAACUUAGUUUAGAUUUAUUUUACAUACAAGUAUUUUACUCAUCUGCAACAUUUUUAAAGUUGACCAGUCUCUUCAGUCUCUUGGAAUUUACUCCACCACCACAGCAUCAUUAAUCAGACAAAUCUUCCACAUCUGUUGUUAAAAAAUAUCCAGAUGCCUUACAUCAUUUUUAAUCUUAUGUUCUAGGUUUUAGCCCUGGCUUACAGCUUGGGACUGAGUUAUGCCAAAUAGUAUGUAAUUUUAAGUGUGGUAAAAUACAGGACGGCAUUAAAAGCACUCAUUUAAAGAAAUUUGUGAGGAGGAGGGCAGAAAAAUAAAAAUCAUUGUUUGUUUGUUAUAGUUACAUCCUACUUUUCCAGAAAAUUCAAUGAAGCGUACAACAUAUAGUAUUCCCAACUGGUCUCCCAUCUAGGCACUGACCAGACCUAGACCAGCUUAACUUCAGAGGCUUGCUGUAUUGUUUGCCCUUCAGACAGUACCCUGGAAGUUAAAUUGAUGGUAGCCCUAUUCACAUGUUUUGUUCAGCGCAUGUAAAAUCUGUGUAUAGUGUACACAUGUACAAAUCUGUAUGUGCAGACAGUUAUUCACAUGUUAUGUUUAACACAUGUAAAGUAGUACAUUUCCUAACUGUAUCCUACAUUUGAGGGGGCUGAGUGCCCAGGUUUAUUUUUAAAAUGAACACAUAUACAGGUGAAACUCGAAAA